AUGCCCACGCUACCGCUCCUCUGUGCGGUGUCGUUUAUCGUCUACGUAUUUGGCCUUUAUAUCUAUCGCCUGUACUUCCAUCCACUAGCGGCGUUUCCGGGUCCCAUGCUUGCAGCAGUGACAAGCUGGUACGAGGCCUACUAUGAGAUAACUCGUUUCCUCGCUUUGCUGACAUGGCAUGUGCAAGGUCCAAUCAUCAGGGUUACACCCAAUGAGCUACACAUUCGCGACUCGCGCUUCUUUGAACAAGUAUAUCCCAAAAAUGUGCACCUUGACAAGGAAGGCUGGGACAAGCGUUUUGGAUGUAGUGGUGGUUUACUCACGACUGUAGAUGCCCAAGAUCACAAAAGACGUCGUGCAGCUGUAACCCAUAUGUUCUCCCGCCGCUCCAUUCUUGACUUCAUCCACAUAAUCUACCGCCACAUCGACACCCUCUCGGUGCGCAUGCAAGACUUUGAAGCCCGCAAGGAACCCAUCAAUCUCACCCACGCCUUCCCCGCUCUAACCGGUGACAUCAUCAUGGACUAUUUCUUCGGCUUCAACUACGAUCAACUCAAGCACCCGGAUUUUGAGUCUUUUCAUGAUGCUUUCAUUAAGAUUGGGGGCGUGGGUCAUGUUGCUACACAGUUUCCAGCGAUUUUGCCUGACCAAUGGACCCUAAUCGGCCGCACACUCUCGGGCGAUACGCUGAAAUCUAAUGACGCCCCCCGCACAAUCUUUGACGAAAUCCUCACCUCCCAGCAGCUCCCCGCGUGCGACAAAAGCCACCGCCGCCUCGCCGACGAAGCCCAAAUCAUCAUCGGCGGCGGCGUCGCAACAACCGCCUUCUCCCUCUCCAUAGCCGCCUACUACGUCAUCGCCACGCCACGCAUCUACGAGCGUUUGCACCGCGACCUGGUCGCUGCGUUUCCCAACCGCGAUGUUAUUGAGCUGGGGCCGUGUGAGAGAAUGCCGUAUUUCAAGGCGGUCGUGUUGGAGGCGGUGAGGUUGAGCUAUGGGCUUAGUGCGAGGAAUCCGCGGACGUUCAAGGGGGAGUUUAGUUAUGGCGGGUGGGUUAUUCCGGGCGGGACUUGUGUUUCAAUGAGUAUACCAGAAGUCUCCCACGACGAAUCCAUAUUCCCUCAGUCUCUCGAGUUUCUCCCAGAGCGCUGGCUCGACGACUCAAAGACGGAAGAUGGAAUUCCGUUAGAGCGUUUUAUGGUGUCUUUUGGGAGGGGCACGCGCUCUUGUAUGGGCAUCAAUCUAGCGUAUAGGUUUGAGCUGCAUGAGACGACGGUGGAGGAUGUGAGGGUUGGACAUGAUUUCUUUAUUCCGGUGACGCGGCUGGAUAGUAAGGGGGUUAGGGCUUUUAUGCAGAGGACGGAGGAUUAG